AUGAGCGACAAGGCCGUCCGCAACCUGUGGAGGUGCCGGCAAACGUGCUUCGAGAUGCUGAAGGACCGCAAGUACGCCGUCGCGGAGGAAGAGACCGGCGAAGACUUCGACGCGUUCGCGGCGCGCUUCGCGGAGCGCGCGCACAACCGCGCCGCGAUGAGCUUCGUGGGCACUAGCAAACUCGACAGCAACGACCGCGUGCUCGUGUACUUCGCGGACGAGGCGGGCAAAGUCGGCGUCAAGCCGAUCAAGACGCUGGUCGACCAGCUCGACGAGCGCGCGCUGCGCGCCGCCGUCUUUGUCGCGCUGCAGCCGCUGACCACUUUCGCGAAGAACGCGAUCGCGGAGUACAGCAGCAACUACAAAAUCGACUUUUUUCUGGAAAGCGAGCUGCUCUUCAACAUCACCAAGCACUGCUACGUGCCCACGCACGUCAAGCUGACCGAGCAGGAAAAGGAAGUGCUGCUCGACUCCUACAAAAUCAAAGACGUGAUGCUCCCGCGCAUCUCGCAGCACGACGCCGUCGCGCGCUACCUCGGGCUCGUGCGCGGCGACGUGGUCAAAAUCAUCCGCGCGAGCGAGUCCGCAGGCCGCUACGUCACGUACCGGCUCUGCUUUUGA